CUGCGGUUGAUGACCGAACCAGAAGCGCCGUGAGAACCGCGCUACGAACCCGUCCCAGCGGGUGCCAUGGCAACGCCCCACGUGACCGUCCGUAAACACACGCCGCGGCGCCGGCGCGGGAUGGGCUCGCCUCGCGACGGCGGAGCCAUGCAGCACGCGCACCGAGCGUACCAGCCCGCGCGGCCGUGCGGGAGCAGAUACCUGCAGCACAAGUGGGACAAGAGUGACUUUGAGAGGCACCGCGACAAGGUGAAAUCUGCCAAAGCGACGAUCAGUACGAGCCCUCCCCGAAAGUACGGCCACCUCGAGGUCAAACUGAAGAAGCUGAAGCUGGAAGAGGAGCGUGUGUCCAAGAUCCAGCGCGACAACCACGCGCUGCUGGAGAAGAUCUCGCGCAUCAUGAGGACGACGGGGCGCGUCGACCACAGGAACGACUACAGCAGCAGGAGCCUCUGCAGCGAGAAGCGCCACCGCGAGCUGCUGCAGGUCACGCGGGAAAACCGCGCGCUGCUCGAGCGCCUCUCCCGCUGCGGAUCGCGGUACAGCGUCGCGCGCUGGCACGAGGACUGGCUGCGCAGCAACGGCUACGGGGACAUCAUCGCGCGGUACCCACGCGGCGCGCUCCCCGAGAAGCACUUCCAAGCGUCCUGCGGGUCGUCUGCCGGGGGGCUCCGACGUCACGCCACGGGCCCCUUCAAAGGCUCCACUCCCCGCUCCUCGUGCGUGGGGAGCCACAGCGGCCAUGGGCUGCACGCCCUCCAAGUCCGGCGCCACGUACUGCCAGGAGCGCGCGUGCGGGGACCUGGACACGUGCUCCACGGUGGUCGCGAGCGCGAAGAGCUCCCUCUCAACCCCCGAGUGGCCGCCCGCGAACUCGUGCGUGGAAACCGAGGGUGGGAAGCAGACCUUCCUCAGAGCUGGCAUGGGCGCGCGCCGGACGCGUGCAACGAGCUCAGCGCGGCCGCGAGCCCCGGCCCUGACCCCGCGAGCCCCGCGCGCACGCCUCGCGCCGGCCCCAGGGCCAGCAGCAGUGAGAGCGACGGCGACUCCUCGAGAGAGAGCGAGACGCCACCGCGUGAUCAGAGGAGGUGACACGAGCCUGCAGCGGUCACGUGCCACAGUCUGAAGAGCAUCCGUGCGUCCCAUCAAGUACAUGCAGACGCAAGAGUUGUGUACCGUUGUGCGGUGAUGGGAUGUGUUGUCACGUGCUGUCCACAUGGCACGCGCACGCUGACUCAGCCUUUCUCUUUGCUGUGAAACGACAAGCUAAAUUUUUGACUGUUAUUUACUCACGGGAGUAGAGUAUAACCUCGCAAUACAGUGACGUUUACAGUUUCCAAAGUGUUUAUGUUGAACAAAUUCUUCGUGUUUAGGCCUGUAUUGUAUUAUACUGUAUAUCUGAUCUCUAGAACCGAUAUACAUCACUAAGGUAUUGAUAUUGUACAAUAAUCAGACAGCACACAUAUAGGGAAAAUAUGGUCUAAAUUUGUCCUGUGCUCCAAAGAUGCAUUUAUAAAGUUAUAAAUAUACUGAUAAUGUACAUAGGCCCAUGACUGUUGUAUUCACAUAUAAAGUUAGUGAACCAAUGAGACGUUUUCUACCACAGCAAAUUUCACACACAAACAAAUAAAAUGCUAGUUAUUAAUAGAAACCCCACCAAUUCGAUAAACAUCAGCUAACAUAACAACACUAAUAAACAUGAGGGAAAAAGUGUUUCCACAACAAGAGUUCAUCCUGGCUUUGAACAAGCAUUUCCAAAUAUAGUGAGAACAUUUUAUAUAAACAUGGAUUUAUCAAGUCACUGAGAAUUAGAGAUCUUCAAUCAACAAUGCUGUUAUAGUCACAGUGUUCAAUAGCUAAUUUUCAUACACAAAUCGUUUUGUGUUACCAGAAUAUUCUUUGCUGCUGAUGCUUAUUUUACUGUGCAGCUUGAAUUUUAUUUCAUGUAUUAUAAAGCUGAAGCGUGGUGAGUGUGCGUGAUUCAUUUGUAUAAUAAAUUGUGGGAGGCAGCAGGUGGCACAGUGGUUAGCGCCAGUGCCUUGCAUUCCAAGCCCCGGUUUCAAACGUCAUCUCCUGCUAUAGCACACUUGAUCGAGGUCCGUACCCUUGCUUGAAACAUUAAAGCUGAUGCAGUAGAACGAAUAGGUAAAUCGCUGUAAGUCAUAGUAAACUUCCAGACUGCUCAUAAAUCAUGAAAGAA